AUCCAAGCUUCAUCUGCUCUAGUGAACCCCCACCCUUUCAGAGCGACUUGGAGCACAGAACAGUAGCAUUCAUCACGAUUGAAUAAUCUCCCAUCUGUACAAACCUACGACAAACUGAGCAUUUCAGAGGACUUCUCAAUCACCGCCCAAGAUGUCUGGCGCAUCUGGCAAAUGGCGCGAGGACCAGGUCCUUGUCAUCUGCCCUGGCAGCAAGACCACAAUGGCCCAGAUGGGCUGCGCUGAACUGACCCCUCCGGCGCAUCGCAUCCCUACACGCAUGUUCAAGGACGAUGAGGGUGAAGGAUAUAGGCCGUAUCAUGUCGAGAAACGCAAAAAGACGCCAGUGCAGCCUGCCAAUGGCACGGCGCCUCAGUCAGAAGAGGACGAAUGGGAGUACAUUGAGGAUCCCGAUGCGACGGAAGGCGCCAUAUAUCCCAUCAAAGGUGGUCGCAUCGUCGACAUGCAUGCCUUCCUGGCCUUUUUGGAUCACGUCCACAGUCUGCUCACGACGACUUAUCAUAACACACCAAUAAUGCUGAUGGCAUCCCCACAGUGGACACGGCCAGACUGCGAAGCUAUUGCACGCUACAUCUUUGAAAAGACGAAAACCCCUGCACUCUGCCUGAUCCACAGCGCUGUCGCGACCCAGUACGGCCUCAAGUGGCCGAGCAUGACCGUGGUCGACGUGGGCUUUGAGAAGGUGGACGUCACGUGCUUAUACGAUAGCAGGGUCGUCAACCAUCAAGAGGUUGGCAACCCGGUCGAUGAGAACUUUGGGGAGGCUAUUUCGGGCGGUGAAGUCUUUACAAGAAAGCUUCAGAGCUUGCUCAAGGAUAAAGAAUUCACAUAUGAAAUGGCUGAGCAAUUGAAGAAGAGCCCUAUAUGCGAAGUGCUCCCAUAUGCGCCCGAGAACCCGCUGCUCAUGGAGCUGCCGAAAGAAAACGCCUCGGCCGCGCCAGUACCAGCUCCAGCUGCCGUGCUUCAGGCGGCCCAGGAAGCACCAACCGAGGAGCCGACGCGACCGCCGGUCACCACUGCUGAUGCGGAGGAGGAGGAUGAGGCUGGGGAUGAGAAGGCUGGCAAUAACGAGGACGGAGUUUUGGAUGUUGCUAGCAUCGUUACCAGCGGUCAAACGAAGGAAUUCCUGGCCAAAAAAGAGAAAGAAAAGGCGGAGAAGCAAAAAGGGAAGAAGGGGGCCAAGGGUCAAGAAGGCGACGCAGCUGCCACGAAGAACGCACGGCUGCCCAACUCGAAGAGGAUGAAGGCUACGUUUCACUACGAGGAGGUGGUGCGAGAGGAAGCUCCAUUACCCGCAGAUGUCGAGCCGAAGCCUGUUGAGACGACCAACCCCCCUGCGAGUGGUCAAGAAGCCACAACGGAGGCCAAUGGUGCCCCCGCAGCAGGGGAGACCAGCGAAGCGAAACCCUCGGAUGGCAGCGCAGCACCCACCGCGUCCAGCGGCGAGACCAAGGAGCCUGAAGCAAAGUCAGCAGACGCACCACUAUCCUUCUUCCCAUCCGCUGAAGCACCAGCGGCCCCGGCGCCCUCUGGCACAGAGCGCGUGGUGAAGCGGAUAAGGCGAGAUAUUGAGGUAGGGUUGGAGAGGUUCAACUUUGCAGACCGCGCCGAGAUCGACCGCAUCGUGAAUGCCAUUUACAAAGCAGUACAGGGGAUUGAAGACAUGUAUAUGCGCCCGGCUUGCUGGGAGCAUCUGGUCUUCGUUGGCAACGGUGCUCGCGUGCGCGGUCUCAGGGAGAACAUAUUGCAAACGCUCAACUCCAGAUAUUUGGUUUCUCCCAGCACCGCAACCAUGUUUACCUCGGAGCUGCCAUCGAACCUGGCCACCCCCACAGGGACUGGGUCGCAGACCCCCACAGGGAGCUUUACAGGACCCCCUCACCAGCUUCCUGCCCCAACGAGCGGUGUCAAUCCGCUGCUGCGUGAUGCAGUGACCGCUGCAUCUAUGGGGAACGUUGGAACCCCAGGAGGUCCAAUGGGACCGAAUGCGCCUGGUAGCAACGCCGGCGAUGGCGGCGCGGUAUCAUCCCACUUCCACAGUCAGACGCCGACAAGUAUUAAGCUUGCUGCUUUACCGACUUAUCUGGGCGAGUGGACCAAAAAUGGUUACGAGGAGGCUAUGUUCUUGGGAGCGCAGGUUGCGGCGAGGCUGGCUUUCUGUAUGCACAAUCUGAGUGCUGCCGAAGCCGAGAGCCAAAGGUUAAUGAGCCUGAACAGAAUUGAGUUCAAUGAGCUUGGUCCCAAAGCCAUUCGAACCCACUCUAUGCUUGGCCAAUAGUUGCAUUGUGCUCUACAGUCAAUAACGAAAACAAUUUACAUCCUGCCAAAUCGACAAGUUGAUUCUUGGGCGGACUGUGGCUAUUUCCACUUAGAACCGACUGCCUCUUCUUAAAAUUGAUUGAUGUUCCCUAGCAGGUCCUAACUAACUUAUACCAUGAAGAUAAAGCGAUUUCCACGAGUUUGGUAUUUGUGGUGGUUUUGUGAUGUUGUCUGCUAGCCAAUACAUAGGAGGGACUUACAAAGUGCAUUCGAUUGUGUGUGUGACUCACUAUCUGUCUUCAGCUCAGCAUAUCUUAGACGUAAGGAGAAAGUAUAUCUGCACUCAAGCCAAAAAAACUUGGGCACGAUAUACAUAGCCUUUGCUCCUAGUUGUCCGAAUCUGUCUACUUAUACUCGCAAUAUUUUACCUUUUGGAUAUAUAUCCCCGCACCCGGAAACAACAAACUAAAAAAGAAAAAAAAAAUGACCGAACGCCGCCUCAUCAGCUCCGGCUCGACAUUCGAGUCACGGAUC